UGCAGAGACUUCGGUUUUCGAACACCAUUUUUAGCCUUUUUGUCUUUCUUAGGACAAGCUUGGAGAGUAUGAGAGAUAAUGUCGCCCAAGUUAAGAGACAUAGUGACCAGUAGAAGUUCCGGCCGUAUUAACUCCAGCAAGAUUUUUCCGCAAAGGAACUGUUAAGCCAUCCCAUACCAGCCUUCAGCAAUAAGCACAUUCCAAAGUGCUGAAACAUGGUUCAACUUCUAUCAUUUUGUCACGAUGUUUGUUAGAUACGGAUGAUAUAAAAGGAUAAGCUAUACACUGCGAUUCAUACAGUUUCUACGCUAGUAUAUCCUUUAAGAAACCGCGAGACACGGCCUUAAGCCAACAGGAAACUUUAUCGAGAUGAGAAUCAAGUUGUUCUUCUCGAGCUUUGCUCUUCUGACUGUCAUCGUUCAGUUCACCUUAUCGGCAUCUGUCGCAAAGGAAAAGGGCUCAGUGAGUAAAUAUUCAUUGGAGUUGUCGGAAGGCGGAAAAAAAUUCAAGGAAGAGAUAACAAUCGACACUACAAAGGGAACAGAGACUUUCCAAGUACCGAAGACAUCGCCUAAUGAAUCAGAAGGAAAUAUAAUCUACGAUUUCAAAAGGCAAGUGACAAUGAUUCAUCUACCAGUAGAAAAGGCUUGCUAUAUGGCAAGUUCAGUAGAUGGAACUGUCGCACCCACCGUUUUAAAGGAAGCUUUAGAGACGGAAACUCCUAAAACAGGUGAAGGCUUAACAAUUACCUCAACUGAAAUACAAAUGAAGGUUUUGGGACUGCUUGAUGAUCGUUCAGUGCUGAGUGCUGAAAUGGCGGAUUUGUGUGCCAAUCUGCCAAUCUAUGUGGUCGUUUCUCUGGAUAAUAGAGUUCUAGAUUGGAUCUUCAAAUUGAAGAAAAACUCAGAGAGACUUGAUCGUUUAGAGAAUAGAACACCUUGGAAAGCUAGAAUGAAAUUCAAGUUGUUGUUUUCGUGUCUUGCCUUGCUGGUCGUAUCUAUUCACUCAACCUUUUUCAUAUCAGAGGAGAAGAGCUCUGUGAGUAAGUAUUCAUUGGAGUUGUCGGAAGGCGGAAAAACAUUUAAGGAAGAGAUCGCAAUCGACAUCACAAAGGGAACGGAGACUUUCCACGUAUCGAAGACAUCGUCUGAUGAAUCAGCAGGAGAUAUAAUCUACGAUUUCAAAAGACAAAUGACAAUGAUUCAUAUGGCAGAAGAUAAGGCGUGCUAUAUGGCGAGUUCAGUCCAUGAAACUCCCACACCCGCUGUUUUAAAGGAAGCUUUAGAGACGCAAACUCCUGGAACAGGCGAAGACUUACCAACUACUUCAGUUGAAGUGCAAAUGAAGGUUGUGGGACUUCUUGAUGAUCGUUCAGUGCUGAGUGAUGAAAUGGCGGAUUUGUGUGCCAAUCUGCCAAGUUAUGUGGUCGUAAGCAGAGCUAUGAACGUAAAUGACGAGGAAGCUAUGAACCCAAAUGAAAUGGAAGCUGAUGUGGAAAAUGAUGAGGAUGUUGAUGGAGUCAUUGACGAGGGGGCCGAUGAUUUCCCUGAAAUAAGCGACCUAGAUGACAUUGCUCACGCAC